AUGGAAACCAUCAUUGACAUAAGCGGUUGUGAAACUAAGGACACUAUCAAAUACAUGUCCCAAUCCUUCAAGGAGGAUGCUUUAACUUGGUGGAAGGCACUGAUUCAAUCCAUGGGGAAGGUUGCACUGUACAACCUAAGCUGGCCCAAAUUCGUGGAACUGAUCCAUGAAACUUACUACCCGCCUCACGAGGUGGAGAAAGUUGAAUCCGACUUUCUUAAACUGGCCAUGAAAAACCUCAACUGUCGAUCUUAUGUAUCUAAUUACAACUCUCUCUCAAGACUCAUACCUUAUCUAAUUACCCUCGAGUCUAAGCGCAUUACGCGAUUCAUUGGAGGACUUGCUACAGAGAUCAAGGGGAUGGUUAAAUCCUCUAAACCUGCAACAUUUAGAUCUGCUAUGGAUCAAGCCUUAUCCCUCACCGAGGAUUUGAAACGGGUGAGAGCAGCUAAGACUGAUGGUGAUCACAAGCGGAUGCGUGAUGAUACUCCUACCAGGGAUUCUAACAAGGGUAAGAUUGGUUCGAGCUAUUACCAGUCCAAGCCAACUGAGGCAAAGCCCGAGUGUAAAACAUGCAGGAAAAGACAUGUUGGGAAAUGUCAGCAUAAUCAACCCAAAGGUUGUGGUAUCUGUAAGCAGAUAGACAACAAAUCUCUUGAGUGUAAAGAUCUGAAAAAUGCCACCUGCUAUCGGUGUGGCGAGAAAGGGCAUAUCAAGACCCACUGCCCAAAGUGGGCAACUGGCGCCAAGAACAAGGCAACUGAAGUUAAGAAGGGCAAUGAUAGAGCCUUCCAGCUAACUGCAAAGGAAGUAGUGAAUGAUGUAAAUGUCAUUACCGAUGUUACUUAUGAGGUCGAAAUGACCGAUGGUAGUAUAGAAGUAGCUUCCACGAUUCUUGACGGAUGCGUUAUAUCCAUCAAGAACCAAUCUAUUCCUACAUACCUUUUACCUAUGAAUCUCGCGGGAUUCGAUAUUGGUUUAGGCAUGGAUUGGUUAGCUCAUAACCAAGCCCGUAUUACUUGCGAUAAGAAACUUAUCGAGAUUAAAUCCCCAUCCAGUGAUAUACUCACUAUACGUGGAGAUCAACACUAUGGAUUGCUCGAGAAAGCAUCUCUGCUUAAGGCAUCCAAGUGCUUGAAAAGAGGAUGUGUCAUUUACAUGGCACAGGUGACCAUUGACGAACCAAAGCCAAAGAUUGAAGACAUUCCUAUCAUCUCGAAGUACCCUGAUGUUUUCCCUGAAGAUUUACCCGAUCUGCCCCCGGAUAGGCAAGUCGAGUUUAGAAUCGACAUCCUGCCUUGA